UUCAUUGAACCCAAACAAUACGGACGCCUACAACCAGUUACGCACAGAAGUGUAACGUGGACGAAACUUGACCUUUAUUUUUAUUUUCUCCCAAAUGGUGUUUUCGUCAUCAAACCAUUUCCCCAAUUCUUCCUAUAUUUCUUCUCCAUUUUCACCCCGAUUUUUUAGCUUAUUAAACUCCCAAUCCAAACCACCCAUUAAAAUGUCUAAAAUCUUACCCUUCCAAAUAGUUAAUCCAACUCCCAGAAUCUACCCCAGAACUGUCACUUGGAUCCUCUCAAAGCCUGUUCUAAUCCCUUCAGUUUCAAAAUGUUACACUCCCAUUUAUUUGGCAGGUCUCAGACCCUAUCUCCAUACCCCAAGCUUUUCGUUUUCAUCUCGAGCCUUGGAUGAUUCGUCGUCUUCAAUGGAGACCCAGAAUGAAAAUAUUGGCGAACUAUCGGAGAUGGAGGAGCAUGAGAAGAUUAGCGGCCAGGGAAGAUCAUCUCCAGAAGAUGCAACGGCCGUGAUUCCUUUACGGACGAACUCCGGGCUCUCCCAUCUCAUUUCUCCCAUAAUCUUUUCUUUUUCAGACAAUAAAGAGGCAAGGUUGCCACGAGAAGUAAAGGAUGCUCUGCAGUCGAUGGCGUCUGAGUGGGAUGAUGUAGUGGAUUCAAAAGCUUUGCAGGUGAUCCCUCUUAAAGGUGCUAUGACCAAUGAGGUGUUCCAGAUAAAAUGGCCAACCAGGGGAGAUAAUGUGUCACAAAAGGUUUUAGUUAGGAUUUAUGGUGAGGGUGUGGAUGUGUUUUUUGAUCGGGAUGAUGAAAUCCGGACAUUUGAGUUUAUGUCGAAGCAUGGACAAGGACCUCGUUUGCUACGACGGUUCCGCAAUGGGCGAAUUGAAGAGUUCAUCCGUGCACGGACACUAUCAGCAUCUGAUUUGCGUGAUCCAGCUAUAUCAGCUCUAAUAGCAACCAGAUUAAGGGAGUUCCAUGAACUUGAUAUGCCCGGUCCAAAGAAAGUUUGGCUAUGGGAUAGAUUACGAAAAUGGCUUAAGGCUGCCAAGAGACUUAGCCCACUGGAAGAAGCCAAAGCCUUUCGCUUAGAAUCUUUGGAGGAGGAAAUCUCUAUUUUAGAAAAGAAACUCUCAGCGAGGCAUCAACGGAUAGGUUUCUGCCACAAUGACUUACAAUAUGGGAACAUAAUGUUUGAUGAAGGGACUAAAUCAGUAACUAUCAUUGAUUAUGAGUAUGCAAGUUAUAAUCCUGUUGCCUUUGAUAUUGCAAAUCACUUCUGUGAGAUGGCCGCUGAUUAUCACACAGAAACACCCCAUGUUAUGGAUUAUAGUAAAUACCCAGGUUUGGAAGAGCGCCUAAGAUUUCUGCGUGUAUACCUGAAUUCUUCAGGUAAGAAACCUAGAGACUCUGAAGUGCAGCAGCUGCUUCAAGAUGUUGAGAAAUAUACUCUAGCGAGUCACCUCACUUGGGGUGUGUGGGGAAUAAUAUCGGAACAUGUCAAUGAAAUUGACUUUGACUACAAAGAAUAUGCCAAGCAGAGGCUUCAACAGUACUGGAAAAGGAAGCCGGAGUUGUUGGGGUCUUGUUGAACCCCCACUUUUUGGAGUAUGUAGUGGUGCAUAGAUGUUUAUGGGUUCCCCUUAGUCUCCUGUGGAUAUGAAGUAUUUGGAGGAGAUAUUCACAGUGUGUCCUGAAGCCGUGUCACAUGAAUCAUAUAUGUUUUAUGAAUGCUCAUAUUUAUUGUUUUCUGUUUUGGUAUUGUUUUAUUGGUGAUAAAGGAUAUUAUAUUUGUUGUAUAUGCUUUAUAUCUGAAGGGAUUUCUUGUAUGGGGAUGACAUUUCUUGAAAUUGAUUAUCUUCAUGGAAA